CUGUACAAAAUCGUCAUAGACGCGUCAUGGACUCCAGUUCCCAGAACACACCGGGGUGUCGCUCGCUUCCGUAACUGCCGCCGCUGCUGCUGAUGCUGAUGAUGCUGCUGGUCUGGGUUGUUGUCGCUGCAGUACCGCUGGAGGUGUGAUGGGUCAUCUGAAGUCAUGUUUCCCGGUGUCCUGUACGCGCUGCUGGCCGGUUUUCUCGGCGCCGUUGCCUCCUCGUCCGCCAAACUGUCUCUGGGCACCGACUAUCUGAAGGGCGUAUGUGAGACGGGCAUGCGCACGUGGGGCGAGCAGAGGAAAUUCACGCAACACAGCGACACGAGCGCGUGCGACUGGCUGCACAUCCCUCUGCGUCUGCUGUGCGGCGGGCUGCUGUUCACCUGUAACGCCGUCAUGUGGACGUUUCUGGCCAAAGCGCUGCGGAGCUCAUGUUCGUCCGCUCGCACCACUGUGACCACCACCGCAUCCAACCUCAUCUCCUCCGCGUUUCUGGGUCAGCUGAUCUUCGGAGAGACUCACGUGGCUCUGUGGUGGGUGGGAAUCUCUCUGACUCUCUCUGGACUCCUGGUGCUUCAUCACACGACACCAAACCUCACGCAGACACACAUGCAGAAGAGGGAAUGAGUGACACACACACACACACACACAGAUCUGAUGAGGGUCUAACUGAUCUGAGACCUGACACUGAAUUCAUUUCCUUUUCUUUCAUUGCACAAAAACACUAAGAGUUUGACUUGUUUUAAAGUAUACCGUCAUGCCAAAGAUCAACAUAUAUGAAAUAAUAACCUACAGAAUUAUUUACAUCUAUUAUUCAGUAUUAAAAAUUGCACAUUAUAGGUUCAUAAUAUAUAUAUUAAAAUAUUUAUUUAUAUUUAGGAUCAUUUACCAUGAAAAUAACCUAGAGAUUCUUCUAAAAUAUGAAAUGAUUUAUUUAUAUUUCAUGUUAAAAUAUUAAAGAUCCAUGAAAAAUUCAAAAUGUUCUCACUGUAGGAUGAAUCUCAGAUUGAACACGUCCGGCUCACUUUUAAA